CGCUGCCGCUGCUGCCACUGCCUCCGCACUCGGAGAGGAGCAUGUCUGCAACUCGAGCCAAGAAAGUGAAGAUGGCCACCAAAUCGUGCCCCGAGUGCGACCAACAGGUUCCUGUUGCAUGUAAAUCGUGUCCCUGUGGUUACAUAUUUAUUAGCAGAAAACUUUUAAAUGCAAAACACCCAGAAAAAUCACCACCUUCUACAGAAAACAAGCAUGAGGCCAAGAGGAGGCGAACAGAGAGAGUUAGGCGAGAGAAGAUAAAUUCUACAGUAAAUAAGGAUUUAGAAAACAGAAAGAGGUCUCGAAGUAACAGCCAUUCAGAUCAUAUCAGACGAGGAAGAGGAAGACCUAAAACUGCAUCUGCCAAAAAACAUGAGGAAGAAAGAGGAAGCUACUGCAAGAUACAUGGCAUCAAAAGGAAGAAGUAAACCAAGAAAAUGUCCUGGCAUCCAGGACACAGAGUCCAACUCGAGAGAAAGAUGGUUAUAUCCAGCAUGAUGUUGAAGAGAGAUCUCAAUGAUAAUUAAUUGUGUAGCAGGUCCAGAAAGCAACCAUUUCAGAUUGGAGCAGAAGACUUGGAGAGACUUCUUCAAGAAGAUAAAAUUGAUAUAAUGCCUAACAUGUGUAAACAUCCUGAAAGAUCUAUACAACUUGGAGAGAGUUUGGGUUCAAUUAGUAAUGAAAAUUAACCAGAUGGAAAAAGAGAAUCUCUUCAGGGAAAAAAAACAAUGUGCAGUAAAAGUGAAAUCAUUUACAUAGUUAGAAUAAUAUAAACAUUGAAUAUUGGUCUCAUCAAAAUUGUGAUACAACUGAAUUCUAACUUUCUCUGGUGGAAGGUCAUUAAUAAUGCCUAAAACCACGAAGUAGCAUCAUAUAAAAAUGUUGCUUAGAGAGGCAAAAACAAAAAGAAACAACUGAGAAAAAAAAUAGUUGCAUUUGGAGAGUGAAAAAUGUACAUGUGGGGAGGAGGACUUCUGUUUUUUGUGAUAAGUUUUAUAAAAGUGAUUUGAGUCUACACUUACGUAUGUGUUUAACUUUGCUUAAAAAAGCCAAAAUAAAACAAGUAAACAAACAAACAAACAAAAAAAACAGGCAAAAAUAGAAUCUUAGAAGACCCCAAAAAAAGAAUUUGGCAGAAUGUGCACAAAGAUAUUUAUUGUGAUUUUAGCUGGCUCAGGAGAUAAUAUAUAGGUUGUUUUUAUUUCAACUUUCUACCAUGAACUUGGGUUACAUUUGUAAUCAGGAGGGUGAAAUUAGAAUUAAAUAUAGGUUAUUCUUAUUUCUUGAAGAAGUUAAUAUAUUCAUCAAGGUACUGUUGGUGUUCAGAAGGGAACAUCUUUAGGAUGAGGAAAUUUAUUUUGAUUGGGACAGUGAGCACUCAUCCUAGUGAAGAGAAAGAAAUACUUGAGAUUUUUACAGAAAUGAUGUAGCUACAUGAACAGUGUGUAUAGAAAUAUAUACAGUUUCCAUUUAGUUCAUGGCAUUUCAGUAACUCCUUUGUGUAAUUUCUAAAAAUUUUCAGUUUAGUAGCAUGAUACUAUAUAACAUUUAAUAUACAGUGUUAGUAUUAUAUAUAAUGUUUAUUAUCAUCUAAAGAAAUACUUAAAAGCUUUAAGUAUUUUUUUAAUUACUGAAUUUACUGCCUUUAUAUUAAGCUUUCUCUUUUUCUUUUAACAGAGAAACAGGAAAAGGAAAUUGACAUCUAUGCUAACCUCUCUGAUGAAAAGGCUUUCGUGUUUUCAGUCGCCUUGGCAGAAAUAAAUAGAAAAAUUAUCAAUCAAAGACUUAUUCUCUGAUAUUUGUCUGCACAAUGUGUUGAAACUUUCUUCAGGAUUACAUCAGCAAAUUCUCAAACAGUUGUGGACUCUCAGGAGCAUUCUGACUGCAUCAAUAAGGGCCAUUGAUUGUUUUUUUUUCCCCUGUCAUUUAGCCUGUGCCACACUUUGGGAGCAAAGCUGUAGGCUUGGACUGUUCUGGGAUUUCCUUGUUUACCAAGGAGUAUUGUCAGUGUUUUGUGUUUGGGAUAUAAGUAAGUAUAUUUACCAAAAACAAAAACAAACAAAAACAAAAACAAUGGAUGGCUGUUAAAGGGUAAAGGGGUAGGUGGUGGGAGUGGAAGAAUGAAAACUAGGGAAAUAAAACGCUUGUUAGUUUUCAGGUUUGCCACCAGAGAUGCAAUAUUUUAAGUACUUGGAAAAAGAGUGACUUUUAAAAAUAUAUAUUUCAGAUUUUCAGCACUAACAGAUUGCAUAUAUACAGUUCAUUUACUUUUAAUAAAUUGGCAAUUGAUAUUUUAUUGAAUAGGGAAUUAAGAAUAUAAACUGUAAAUUUUGUCUUGAUUUUUUUCUUGGCCUUUAUUUUUAUGACUUAAGGUAUGAGUUAUAUUUUGGGAGAUACUUUCUAGACAUUUGGGAAGUUUGGGUGCUAUGUGAAGAAAAACAUUUAAGGAUAUAUCAUACUUCAGAUAUAAACAUCUUGUUUUCUUGAAUGUAAUUUAUUUAUUGGUUUAAAAAAAAACCUUUUCUGCUCUCAAGAUGGUGCCUGUUAACCUAAACAUAAGAUAUAUUUAUUACAUACAAAAUAUUUCUUAGCCACUUUUAAGCAGUAAUGUUUUAUCUGAAUGGAUGUUCAUUUAUACAUCCUGAUAAUUAUUUAAAUUGUUACUUAACCUCACUCUGGAAAAAAAAUAAACCUUAAUAUUGAAACUAA